AUGGAACCAGGUAUUCAACCCCUCCGAUGCGAUUCUUUGGUCGAUGCGUCUUUACCCACCUACAAGCAAGUCAUCACCGAUCAUCCUUCAGCUAAGAAAUCCGUCAGGCCUGCGAUUAAAAAGAAUCCCCGAGCAGCUCCAAAGAAAAAAUCUAAAGCAAACAGGAAAUCGCCCAGCCCAGAGCUCAAUGAUGAAGACGAAGACCACCCGACUCAAAAAGUUAUGGUGUCGACCUCAUUCAAGCUUUUUGUCUUGGAUGCCAAUAAGUCCAAGAAGGCGAAAAAAGUGUGGCUUCUCAUCAGCCCACCAAAUCCAAUCGAAAUUGAAAUCAUUGCGAGUCCAUCGGAACUGGCCACGACAUUUGAACAGUUCAAAACUCUGGUCACCACCAACUGCGAAUCAGCGGUAACCAACACCGGUCACAUUCUCAAUGAUGGCUUAUUGACUGGCUCUCCAGAUAUCAAUUGGUUUGUUUCCAUUGCUCGCGUCGAGGGCUUCAAGAAGGGGAAACCAUUCCCACUCACAAAUGGGGCGGCAUUUGACUCUUGGAUCGAGGCACUUGCGGCAGUCGAGGCUGAUGAGUCCUGUUUAACAAUUGAGAUGACAAAUCCAAACAAGGUCGCCAAGCUGCAGCAUGAUGCUGAGGUCCUAGCGAAGGACGCGGCACGCAAGGAGGCCAAGCGGCUAAUCAUUGCGGCUAGGGAAAAAAGGGCACUGGAGGGUGAUACCAACGUCGGAAAGCGCAAGCGACUGGAUGGGGAAUCUGAUGACGAAGACGAUGGCUCGGGGGACGAGGUCUAUUAUGACAACGACGCUGUCAAACUCGUGAUGAGACAGCUCUAUGCCACUCAUUCAGCUAAUGCCUUGUACGAUCGUCACAUGCCGGUAUACAUCAACCCGUUGAAUCACUCGGAAUUCUUUCUGCUGUCCCAUGGCACUUGCCAGAAAUGGGCUAGAGCAAUAACCAAGGUGACCGCUGGGGUAUCGCUUCAAUCACCCCCAAAGGAUUUCAAGUUUGAUAAUCUGCCAACAAACAACGCCUCCGCUGGUUGGAAAACCGGUCCUGCGGCCCCCACCUCAACCCAAUGUGCCCAUGGGUCACAUUCUUGUUCCCAUCGGCCCUCCCCACCACCAAGCUCUGACGGACCUGACCCUGUCAAGGACGUUGGAAUUCACGAGUAUGUUCAGUUCAUUGGCUUGAGGAACACUGACGAGGUUGUCAAUCUCCUCGUGCAGAACGACUUGCAAAAUUACAAGAUCUUUCGAUCUCGAAACCUCGAUCGACCCGCUCUUCGAGCUCUUGGAUUGACUCUGGGUGUCGUCACUCAGUUAUGCAAUUGUGUUUCCAAGUUUGAAAGGCACUUGGCCAAACAAGUGCUUAUAGCCUCCGCUUAG